AUGGGAAUCUUCCAAUCUAGUCCCCCCCCACCUCCCCCCCACCUUCUCCAAAAGUUCUGCCUCGGGAAUGGAGGAACGGUCCAUGGGGGCAAAAUAACUCGUCGAGCUGCUGCAGAUGCACUCUUCCACGGGAGCUUCACCACAAAAUACAGAGAGUACAAAAUCCCAAAAGUACCAGGGACACAUUACCCUUUUGUCUUCAAUUACAUCAUGGGCCUCGAGAAGGAUGCACGUACAGGAGUUCGUUUGGAAGACAUCAAACUGGCCAUGAAGGGACACGUGAAGGAUGGUUACCAGUUCAAUCCUAUCUCUGCCAUCCUUGAGGAUAACCAACACUACAACAGAGACCCCUCUCUAAAUGACAAUGUUCAUGUUCUGGUUUGCGUCAUCCCUGGCAACACAGCAGGAUUUCAUAAUGAUAAUAACCCAUCACAGUUACUGACUCAGGAUUUCGAGACAAAGUUGAGGGAAGUCAGACUUGAAGCCAGGGACAUAGGGAUUCCUGAAAUUGCUAUUCUCACCAAAAUUGAUGAAGCCUGUCCAGAGGUCCACAAGGAUAUACAGAACGUGUAUAAGAGCAAGUACCUGAAGAAAAAGAUUGAGGAGUUGAGUGGCAGGAUGGGAUUUCCACAAAACUGCAUCUUUCCUGUGAAGAACUACCACUCAGAGAUCGAGACAAGUGAUAUCACAGAUACACUGAUACUGAGCGCACUGAGAGGGAUGAUUGAAUCUGGAGAAGACUUUGUCAACGACCUGUAAAACUACAUUCUGCUGAGGCAGAUCUUGUUUUCAACAACAACAUGUAAAAAGGUCCUGUUAACAAUUAUGAUAAUUACAUGAAGUGGGCAAAAUGGCUUUUAGUUGUUUUUUUGCAGCCUGUAAUGCAUCAUAUCUAUACUAUAAAUGAUGGUGUCUCUACCUUAAUGAGUAAAGUAUGAAAAGGCUUUAUUUUUCCUAUAUUUGAUGUUUUCUUUGCAUUAUGAUAUUGUUAGUUAUAUGCUUUUUUUAUGCAGGUGGUAAUUUAUAUUGCCGUCUCCAGGUAAUCGAGAAUCUGAAUAUUCGUAGGUCGAAGAUGAUUUGGUUGAAACGUGUUCAGAAUAAUGAUAACAUAUGCUGUACCUGUCAUUGAUUAAAAAGUGUUUUGUAUAUAAUGAUACUUUUUUUAAUAUAACCAGAUCAUAUUCAUCAAAUAUUGAUAACAUCAAUAUUUUUAAAUGAUAUAAUAAACAUAAUUGUUUCAAUCAAGACAACAGAUCAGAGCAGUUCUGUGAUUUGCAGCUCAUUCAGAUCAAAGCAGCUUCACUUGUCUCUAAGAAAACCCUCGUCAGGUUUUACAACAUGCAUGUGAUUACACUCUCAAAAACAAUACAUGGUGUUUCUUAUUUUUGCUUGCAUUAAAUGGUUCAACAAUGAUGUACA